AUGCGGCUUCUGCCCAUGCUGACCCUCAUGUAUAUUAUGAAUUAUCUCGAUAGAAACGUCAUUGGCGCCGCGAGACUGGGGGGUUUAGAGAAGGAUCUCAACUUAGGCCCCCACGAGUUCCAGAUCUGCGUCUCUGUUCUAUUUGUCGGUUAUAUUGUGAUGCAGGUACCCUCGAAUAUGCUCCUGAACAAGACAGGAAGGCCCGCCGCCCACCUUGCUCUCUGCAUGGCCCUCUGGGGUACCAUGUGCGCCUGUGCGGGAGCUACACAGAACUUCGCCGGCCUUCUCGUCGCCCGCUUCCUCGUUGGUUUCGUCGAGGCUGCCUUCUAUCCCGGCGCCCUCGUGACCUUGAGCGCAUGGUACGUACGCAGCGAGCUUGGCGUCCGUACGGGGCUCUUCUAUAGCGGUUCCAUGCUUUCGGGGGCCUUCUUGGGUCUCCUCUCCGCCGGUAUCACGGACGGCAUGGACGGCGUCAUGGGCCUGCUGGCGUGGCGAUGGAUCUUCAUCAUCGAGGGGUCCAUUACCGUGACCAUCGGUUUGGUAGCCUAUUUCAUCUUGCCCGACUUUCCACCCAACACCAAGUGGCUCUCGGACCAGGAGCGGGCGCUCGCCAUGUGGCGCAUGCAAGCCGAUGCCGCCGGGGAGGAAGACUGGACGGGCUCUUCAAAACAACCACUGUUGGAGGGCCUCAAGAUGGCCAUGAGAGACCGCAAGAACUGGGUCCUCGUCGUCAUCGCCUUUGGUGCCGCCAGCUCCAUAUCCAUCACCAUCUUUUUCCCCACCGUCGUGGCUACCAUGGGCCGUGAUCGCAUCACUACCCUCCUUCUCACCUCCCCACCUUAUCUCCUCGCUUGUGUCACCUGCACCGCCGUCGCCUGGAACGCUGACCGUGUGGGUGAGCGCCACUGGCAUACUGUCGUCCCUCUGGCAGUUUCUCUCGCCGGUUUCAUCAUCUCGGCGGCCGCCGAUGGCAUUGGGCCCCGUUACUUUGGCGCCAUGAUCAUGCUCCCAGGGAUAUACACCGGCUUCAACAUGUCCAUGAUCUGGACCGCUAACACCAUCCAUCGUCCGGCCGCGAAGCGAGCUGCCGCUCUGGCCUUUAACAACGCUAUCGCCACCAUCUGCAGCAUUUACGGAUCCUUCCUGUACCCCGACGAUGCGGGACCAAGGUUCGUCUUAGCCUUCAGCGUUAAUGCCGCCACAACAUUGCUGGCCAUCGCUGCCAGCACUGUCCUUCACGUCCACCUGGGAAGGGAGAACCGGAAACUCGACGUGAAGCAACAGGAGGAAGAGGCGGCUGGCCAGACUCAUGUUGCCGGGCAAGGGUUUAGAUAUGUCGUUUAA